CUGAAGAGAGCCAUAUUUACCACAACAUGGAUGCUGGGAACUUCUCCGAGAGGACAGCUUGGAACAACCCAGAACAACUAGGAACAGAGUUUUCAUUUCAGAAUGGCCUCAUGCCUCCCCAAGGAUUGGCCCGCCCACUUCAUGAUCCGGCCCAACUCAUAGACAUGAUGAGGGUGCAGCAGGAGAUGUUGAGGUCUGUACAGGAGAUGUUGACAUCCCAGGAAAAGAGCCAUGUUGCUUUCCGGGAUUGCGUCUUGCACAAUCAAGCGGACCUGCUGGCGCAGGUGAACAGUUUAAGGCAACAGCUGGGCAACAAGAGCCUCGGGAAAGUGGUUUAUUUGCCCGAAGACUGCCCUUCCCUGCCCGUCAACAGCCUGGAUGACCUGAGGGCCUUGAACGUGUACCUUGAAGCAAGAGACAAGCUUCAGCACAUGGUGGAUUACUACAGCCAGAAGGGAGGCACCGACAAAAAUGCCGACACGCGGGCCUUGCUGACCUGCCUGGUCCACAACGAUGUGGAUGGACGUUGCAGUUGGAAAGGGUCAAAAGGGCGCAAGGAGCCCUUUGAUGAACUGAAAAAUAUAAUGACCCUGUUGCUCGGUAGGUUCCACUAUUGGUUAUUUCUUAUCCAAAUGACAGGUUCAGAAAACAUCUACAGUCGAAUCUCGUUAAUUCAACCUCUCUUAAUUUAAACUUGUGAAUAAUUCAAACUAACAUGCAGGUCCCAUCCUGUGCAUC